AUGGGCAACGCCAGCGGCCGCCAGGAGGACGCCGCGGCUGUUGACGGCGAUGGCGCCGACGUGGAGGACGGCGGAGGGGACUCGUCGGUUCGCUCGUCGGAGCGCAGCUUCCCGCCGUACGGCAGCGGAGGAGCCAACCACGUGCGUCGCGCGUGCUCGGUGGGCGUCGUAGGUGGCGGCGGAGGCGCCGGAUCGCCACCUGGGAGCCCCGGCCACUCACUCUCGCCGCGGAUGUUCGUGCCCCAGGUCAGAUCACGAGAUCCCGCACCGCUAUGUCGGUUCGCCUGCUCGUUUGGUUGA